AUCAUCAUCGCACCAAAACCUAGACAAGAUGGCGACGUCUGAGAAACGAGCAGUCGGCGAAGCAGAUUCCUGGGAUGCCGGAGUCCGCUCUCCACAGAAGGAGAAAUCGAAAAUAGAUGACAGCUCUACUUUGGUAAAAGACAAACCACAACAUGAUUAUGAUUCCGAUGAUUCUUAUGAUUCCGAUGAUUAUUUGCGCUUGAUAGACCAGAAGAGAGAUAGUGAUGGCUUCGAUAUCCCAAGCUCUAUAAAAAAUGGACUGAUGAUUCUGGAGGAGGUGAGCCACGCAACUGUUAAUUGAGCUUUACAUUGAUUUAUGUCACGUCCAAGAGCAAGGUGUUUUGCAAACUUAGUGCGGAGUCUCAACAGAAAUGUUCGAAGGAUGUGUCUCCUGUAAGUAAUCUGGAUAUAUUUAGUACCAUCGAAGAAGAAAACUGGGAAUUGACUAUUUAGUAGUCAAAGUAUAUGUGGAGACGAUUAGUUGGACAACUUUAUUAUUAUGUUCAUAUUCUGACCUAUUAUGGCACGCUUAAUUAUUAAUCU